AUGAAGAACAAGCUCUGGGAGAACACUGACCACUACUCUACUGAAUGCAUGAGGAUUGCAUACAUCAAAAACCAGACUGAUGGAAAUGCAGCACAUCACAUUGCACUCUGUAUGAAAGAGAACCACCCUGAGCAAUACCAGACUGCAGAAGAGAUAUUUGAGCAUCUUAAGUCAAUAUAUAAGAAUGCUAACAAGCUGCAAAAUGCCAAGAGUGAUUAUCACAAGCUGAUUAUGUGCAAUGAGAACAAUUAUCAUGAAUUUAUCACAAAAUUCUUACAUCUGGCAGAUGAGGUCAAGAUUGUCAAAGAGGACUACAAGACAGACUUCAAUGACAAGCUGUUCUUUGAUCUUCAGAGAACAGUGACAGUAGUCAAUGCAAUCAUCAAUACAUAUGCUGAGUUUCAGAAGAUCUGUGCUCAGACAGCUCACAUCCUCCAGACAAUCAAUGUCACUCAGAAGUCAAAGAGCUUUCAAACUUCCCACAGCACCUCAGCCACAAAAUCCUCUAUCAUAAAGAAAGCCUUGAGUGCUCAUUCAGAUAUUCAGUGCUACUACUGCAAGAAGAAAGAUCAUAUUGUCAGAAACUGCUCUGUGAAGCAGAAGUCUCAACAGAUGAUCACUGAGCUCACAGAGAAUGACACUUCUGAGCCUUCAGCAGAUUCAGAAAAAGAAAAGUUUCAGAAACUUCCAUUUAAAUGCCACAUGAAGGGAUACAAUGAUGCCUCUGGUGGGGUGAUAGACUGCACAUUGACCCUAAACCUCUGGGUGAAUGGCUGGAGAUUCCGGAAUGUUCCUCUGCUGGUGAUGAACCUAGGCCAGUACUCUGUCAUCCUGGGAUGA